CACUGCACGAGAAGCCGAUCCGGAAGUGAUAGAUCGGUUUCUCAUUUCGCCCAUGGAAAAUAGCAGCGCCCCAUCGUCAAUGUAUAAACUAUCAGUGCCCCACAGUCGUCGGUAAAGCUACAAACACGUAGCCUAUAUGCUUCUGUUCACGGAAGCGAAGGAGUAAACAUACGAAUUAAAAUGUUAAAGAGUUCUGGAAUGGCGAAACGCACAAGCCCGAGGAAAAUUCUAAUAAUUGAAGAUGAUGAACAUCAAGAAGAUCGAGAUGAGCUAAAUCCUUUUUCCUUCAAGGAGUUUAUCCGAAGCAAGAACCUGUCUUCCAUCUGUAGUGGAGAUGCAGAACAGAAGAGCCACCUGCCACUGGAGAAAACUGGAAGUGAAAGUAUACUGGUGGAUGAGGGAGCCUGUUCCUCUCUGAAGCAUUGUGCCCCUCACCUGCUAGAUCCAUUCCUGGUUGACUCUGCAUCAUUCCUACAGUCUACUGACGGUGAGAGGAAGGAAUGGAGAGAGAGUUAUGAGUCAUCAGCCAUAUUGGAAGAACAUGGCUUUGAACUCUGUGUGACAGCGGAUAAUGAAUGUACUGACCCACUAUGCGUAUCCGCUGAGAAAGUGAGACACCCAACAGUUUUGUCACAGCUAGACAGAGCAUACUUACAAGAGGCCUUUGAACCCAAGAGGAGCCCUCCUACCCAUGACAGAGACCAGGAGACACCAAUGGAUGGAAGCAGGGACCAACAAAAGCUCAGAGAGGAGAAUGCACAGCUUAGGAACCAUGUUAAGAAGCUUUUGAAGAAGUCUGAGUCUGAUAAUCAAUGGAUCAGAGACCUGAAAGAGCAGCUGCAUAAGCAAAAGUUGAAAGAGGAGAGGGAGGCGCAGGCACUGGAGACCAUGGUGCAAUCGGUGGAGCAGAACCUGCAGAAGAUGACCAAACGAGCAAUUAAAGCUGAAACCAAUGCCUCAAACCUUAAACAAGAACUUCUUCAGCUGCAGGACCAAUUGGAAGUGUACCGCAGUGAUAAUGAGAGACUUCGAGCUGCAGAAACAACUGCUUUGAACGCCAUGAAACAAAAUGCACAGAUUGCAUCAGAAUAUCUCAGCAAAGCUGCCAACAAUGCACAGACUUCCAUCAGGCAAUUGCUGUCAGAUGCAGAGACAAUCAGUCUGGUUUCGAAGAUGCUGUAUUCCAUUGACAAGAUCUCUGAUGCACGCUGAGGAUUGAUGAUCUCAAUCAACGAAAUUGCUUUUAAAUGAUUGUAAAACAAAUAUAUUGAAUGGAAGCCUGUUACCCAUCAGAAACUGAUAAAAAGAACUCUGAAAAAUAAAUCCCUGACUGAUUGACUGACUAUGACCAUAAUUAACAGUGAUUCAAUGAUCAUGUAGUGAUUUCUCUUCUCUCUAGGGGUCUCGUCAUACUUGUUCCUGGUUAUGGUUAUACACUUUUUUGUACGUCGCUCUGGAUAAGAGCGUCUGCCAAAUGCCUGUAAUGUAAUGUAAUGUAAUGAUUUAAAGGUGAUUUUAAUGACACAAUAUAUUUUUUAAAAACCCUGAAUACUGUUUGAAAAAGUAUUUGGUUAGACCAGUAAAGCAUUUAUUAAUUAUAUUAUAAUUAUUUAUUACUAAUUGCAUAAGUUCUAUAAAUGAGUUCUCGUUCUUACUUUGAAUUGCACCUUCAUGAAUUGACCCUGAAGUCAAUUAUAAACCAGAAUAAAAUGCUGACAAUUCAAAGGAUAA